AUGUCCGGAAAAGCGAAACAAGAGGCCCUUCUAGGCUUAUCAGCCAGCGAAGCAAAGCUUAUCCUCAUGGCCAGUUACCUCUCCACCGAUCAGAAGGUCGACUACGAAAAACUCGCCCAGUUGGGAGGUUAUAAGACCGCUGCCUCCGCUAGCACCCUCUACCGCAACGCGAAGCGCAAGCUGGCUGAGUAUAUCCCAGCGAAUCUUCAGAACGGCGGUGGUGGCACGACGAACACGAACGCGAAUACUCCCGACGCUACGCCUGCUAAUACGCCCAAGAAGACCCCUACCAAGCGCAAGACUCCCGCCAAGGGUGAUGAGGACGGCAACGGUGCUGUUGAGGAAUCGCCCACCAAGCAAAAGAAACAGAGGACGCCUGCGAAAGAGGCUAAGAUGAAGGAGGCCAAGCAUGAGAGUGAGCCUGGUCCUCCUUCCGCGCGACCUAUGAAGAUGGAAGAUGAGCUGUUUCCGUAUGUCAAGUUGAGGAAUGGCGUAGCUUGA